UAUUAGGUUUUGAUGUUUCGAAUAGGUCCACACGAUAGGUCACCCUGUGGUUUUUAGCGACAUUGUUUUCGAGAUGGCCGCAGAUAGUGAAAACGCGCGCGAAAUCGAAGCCCCAUCUGUUCUUCCAAUAGAUCGUAAAUCCGUGCAUCAAAUAUGCUCUGGACAAGUUGUACUAAACCUGGCGACAGCUAUGAAAGAGUUAUUAGAGAAUAGCUUGGAUGCAGGAGCUACGAGUGUGGAUGUAAGACUGAAGGAGCAUGGAAGUCAUUCCAUAGAAGUUUCCGACAAUGGCGCCGGCGUGGAACCCCAAAACUUCGAGGCCUUGACGCUGAAACACUACACUUCCAAGCUGAAGGAUUUCUCGGAUUUGUCGGCUGUUGAGACGUUCGGAUUUCGAGGAGAAGCUCUAAGUUCUCUUUGUGCCCUGAGUGACCUGUCAAUCACUACUCGGCACAUCUCACAGACAGCAGGAACCAAAUUGGAUUAUGACCACAAUGGUAAACUGAAAUCCAAGCUACCUUGUGCAAGGGAGCAAGGAACAAUGGUAACAGUUCUUAACCUUUUCUCUACCCUCCCUGUCCGCCACAAGGAGUUCCUUAGAAACAUCAAGAAAGAGUUUGUCAGGCUGGUGCAUGUAUUGCAAGGGUAUUGCCUUAUCAGUGCAGGGACCAGAAUCACUUGUUCUAACCAUGUCGCAGGGAAGAGAUCCACUGUUGUGUCUACUCAUGGGAGCUCACAAAUCAAAGAUAACAUCACAGCCGUGUUUGGCCCUAAGCAGGUACAGUCCCUGUUACCAUUCAAGCAACUCCAGCCAUCUGAGGAAGACUGCACCGAGCUCAACCUUUCAGUAGUCUCUAACAGUGAGAGUAACCCAUUCACGAUCACAGGGUUCAUAUCGAAGGCAGACCACGGCUCUGGGCGAAGCUCAUCUGAUAGACAGUUCUUCUUCAUUAAUAAACGCCCUUGUGAUUUGCCGAAGGUGUCUCGCGUGGUGAGUGAAGUGUAUCACAUGUAUAACAGACACCAGUUCCCUUUUGUGAUGCUGGAUAUAUCGCUAAAGAGAGAUGCAGUAGACGUCAAUGUUACACCGGACAAGAGGCAGGUGUUUCUCCAACAAGAAAAGUUACUUCUCGCCACCCUUCGCACGUCACUCAUCAAAAUGUUUGAUCCGGGGACAUCAACUUACGAGGUCAAUCAAAAAGUGUUCACGCAAAUUAAACUUUCGCCAUCGCCAACGCAGGCCUCACACUUUUCACUUGCCCCUGGAGACAGCCCCAGUGGAAACAAUGCGUAUGCAGCAACUUCUGGUGGUUUUCAUAGCAACAGUCUUAAUAGUCUUCAUGGCAACAACAAUGUAUCUGGACUUUCAGUGGGUAAAUACGAAAAGUCGUGUGUGAGGCAAAAAAUUUUUUUGAAUUCCCUGUCGAACUUCAAGAGAAAGUUUUCAGAAUUAUCUCCUUGUGGUGAAAAGAAACAAAAUGAGCCGGUUGCAAAACAAGCUAGGCUUACUGAGAUCUUCUGUAAAAAAGAGGAUAAAGAAAUCAUUUGUAGCGAGUUUUCUGAAAAUUCUGGUUCUGAGAUUUCAGGAAUAAUAACUGAAGGUGACGAUGAAAUAGGCCUUUCUAGUGCAGGUCAACAUGAAGAACAAAUGGAGAGAGUCCACAGGGGAAAUCAACCCACGAAAGUAAAGGAGAUACUGCUUCUGAAGGAAGAUAAUAAAAACGAUAGCUUAGCAUUAGAUAGCUCGUCGAUAUUUCCUGUUAUGCAAAGUGAUUUGAAAGAGGAGAGUUUUCACGCUGGACAGAAUAUUCAAGAAACGAGUGAAGUUACUAAAUUGGCAGACAGAAAGACUUCGAGCCAUAAAAAAGCAGAAGACAUUACAAAGACUCCAUCGAUAGGAGAAACUUUUCCAGACGACCAUGAAGACCUAAAAGUUAUUUUCUCAAGAAGAAAGACGGUCGAGGUCGAGUUCAGCAUGGAAAAACUAAGGUCACGCUCACAUAGUCUUAACACUUCCAUCACACAGAAUGCUGAAGUGAGAAUUUUUAGAGCAAAAAUUUCGCCUGAGAAUAACUCCGCUGCUGAAGAAGAGUUAACGAAGAACAUUGAAAAAGGAUCUUUUGCCAGAAUGGAAAUUGUCGGUCAGUUUAACUUGGGUUUCAUCCUCGCCAAGCUUGAUAAUGAUUUAUUCAUUAUCGACCAGCAUGCUUCGGACGAGAAGUACAAUUUCGAGAUGCAGCAGCGAAACACAGUUCUACGAAACCAGCGCCUUAUAAUUCCUAGAAAACUCGAACUGACUGCAGUGAACGAGAGUAUACUAUUGGAUAAUCUCGAGAUCUUCCGUAAAAACGGCUUCGAAUUUCAAAUAGACGACGAUGCCCCCGCAACACAAAAGGUCAAACUUGUGUCAGUGCCAACAAGUAAGAAUUGGACUUUUGGCGUCGAAGACGUUGAAGAACUCAUUUUCAUGCUGAGUGACUCACCGGGGAUUCUGUGUCGACCAACGCGCGUGCGCAAGAUGUUUGCAAGCCGCGCGUGCAGGAUGUCAAUCAUGGUUGGCACUGCGCUAAGCCACGCCCAUAUGCAAGGGAUUGUGGGACACAUGGGACAGAUGGAGCAUCCGUGGAAUUGUCCGCAUGGAAGACCCACAAUGAGACAUGUUGUGAACCUCGCAAUGCUGCCCUCUUUAUCUGAAUAACUAAUACGUACAAACAACGCCGUGGCGUUCAGGAUUCCUGUGGUUGACCGUUAUGCAAGGGGGGCUGGGAAAAACCAACUCUGGAACAAUUCUUAUUUUGAAUUGGACUAAAUUAAUUGCUUUACUAUUUUAAAGGAAUUGUUAUUCAACAGACAAUGACAAUGAUGCGAAUAACUGCAAGAAUGCUGAUAAAAUUGCCAAAAGUAAAUUAUAACUACCUCCUCUUUACUCAG